AGAUAAGAUGCACAAAUGCGUUCAUGUGUUGCUCAAUAUCGUGCUAAUAAUAUCAUAACAGUAUGAAGUGUUUUUUCCAAAAUCUAAAAAUUAUAAAUUUGGAAAUCAUCUACUUAGUUAAUAGCAAACAUGAUUAACUUAGGUACUAUUGGUUUAUCUCUAGUAUUUGCUAUGAUUUUCAAUAAAGUAGUAACUGCCAAACUCCAAUCUCCUCCUCUCAGAAUUGUGAAUGGAACGGACGCAGAGGAUGGAGAAUUCCCAUACAUGGUUCAAUUACUUGACGAUGUUUAUAAUAUUUACUUCUGCGGUGGAUCCAUUAUUGGCGACAAAUGGGUUUUGACGGCCGGUCAUUGUGUUAAAGGUCUCGUAGGUGGACACGUUGUAUACGGAACCAAUGCCUUGGCUGAAGCUAAACAUCUAAACACCACAAUAAAGAUUAAAAAGGCUCAUGCACAUCCACUAUUUGCCUAUAACGGAACAAUACCAUAUUUUGAUGUUGGUAUUAUUGAGCUUGAACACGCCAUUCCAUUCGAUGCCUACGCCCAACCAAUCCAAUUGGCUAAUGGUGGUGCUCAGGUACCUUUCUACCAAAAUGGUACUCUUUCUGGAUGGGGUGUAAACGACAUCGGGGGGGAUUAUAUGAAAACUUUACAAAAAAUCAAUUUGCACCUUUUAAACGAUACAGAAUGCAGUCAAAAAAUUAGAGACUAUAUUGGUGAGGAUAUCUUUAACAGUACUCAUAAUUUGUGUAGUGAUGAUUACUGGAACGGAGAAUGUCUUGGUGAUUCUGGAAGUCCCUUUGUUAUCGAUGGACUUCAAUAUGGCGUGGUUUCUUGGUCUUUUAAGCCGUGCGGCAUCACUCCCGGAACUUACAGUCGUUUGACUACACCAGCUUACCGUGAAUUUAUUAGAAAUGUAACUGGAAUUUAAAAUUAAAAUAUUAUUAUUAAGAUA